CAAGUCUUCCAAAGAGAUUUUUUUUUUUUUAACAGAGGAGCAGAGAAAGAGAACAGUAAGUAGUUAGAAUAUGAGAUCAAAGAGCAUUUUCCCCAGAAAACUAUGAGGAGUGACACUAAAGCAUGGGGGAAUCUGAGGGCAAUAUUCCAGAAAAGAGGAAGAGGUGGAUGUUGUAGGAGAGAGAAAUUGUAACUGGGACCAAAAUCCUUGAGAAGAAAAGAAAAAAAGGGAGCCCAGAGUAAAAAGAAGAGCUGGCCUUUAGCGAAGCAGGAAACACCUCACUCAUGGUAACAGGAGAGAAGGCAGAGAUGGGUAUGUGGAGGCACCUCCUACUCUGCUUUGCUCAGUAGGGCUCAGAGGGCUCAAGCACAGCCCUCUCUUCCUUCUGUGCCUUUCCAGACUGAGUCACGGUGAUCAAGUUACUGAACCCUUCUGAGCCACCAGGAUUAGAAGCUUGUUAGCACAAACUGAGCGCUCCUCAAAGCUCGUCUCUCCUUUCCCACAGCUAUUUCCUCUAAUCUGCUUGUUUUACCCCCCUUUUCACUCCGUCUAGGCAGCUCAUUCUGUCUCCUCUCUUUAAAGUGUCUCAGCGCUGACCUCAAGCCUGCGGUGCAGGGGGCGGGGUGAGCAGCCCCACGGGGAGGGGUGGGACCAACCCUGGGCAGCCCGAGGCUGCAGGCAGGCAAAGUCUCUGGUACAUCUCCUAUCUUGGGUGCAUCUGUCUGUCCAUUCUUCCAAGGUCUGUCGGACCAUGGCGAAGCUGAUGGUGCUCACCCUCUUGGGGCUGGGGCUAGCACUCUUCAGGGAUCAUCGGUCUUCUUAUCUUACAAGAAUGAAUGCUUUCCGAGAAAUAAAACCAGUAGAACUUCCUAACUGUAAAUUAGUAAAAGGAAUAGAAUCUGGCUCUGAAGACUUGGAGGUACUUCAUAAUGGACUGGCUUUCAUUAGCACUGGAUUAAAAUAUCCUGGAAUAAAGGUCUUUGAACCCGAUAAGCCUGGAAAAAUACUUCUGAUGGACCUGAAUGAAGAGGAUCCAACGGUGUUAGAAUUGAGGAUCACUGGAAGUAACUUUGAUUUGUCUUCAUUUAACCCUCAUGGAAUUAGCACCUUCACAGAUGAAGAUAAUACCGUGUACCUGCUAGUGGUGAGCCAUCCAGAUUUGAAGUCCACGGUUGAGUUGUUUAAAUUUCAAGAAGAAGAAAAGACACUUUUGCAUCUGAAAACCAUCAAACACAAACUUCUGCCUAAAAUAAAUGACAUUGUCGCUGUGGGACCUGAACACUUCUAUGCCACCAAUGAUCACUAUUUUGUUGACACUUAUCUGACAUUCUGGGAGAUGUAUUUGGGUCUAGCAUGGUCAUAUGCUGUUUACUACAGUCCAAAUGAAGUUCAAGUGAUGGCCAGUGGAUUUGAUUUUGCUAAUGGAAUCAACAUCUCACCUGAUGGCAAGUAUGUCUAUAUAGCUGAAUCGAUGGCUCAUAAGAUUCACGUGUAUGAAAAGCAUGCUAAUUGGACUUUAACUCCAUUGAAGUCUCUAGAUUUUGAUACAAUUGUGGAUAACAUAUCUGUGGAUCCUGUGACAGGGGACCUUUGGAUUGGAUGCCACCCCAACGGCAUGAAAGUCUUCUUUUAUGACCCAGAGAAUCCUCCUGGGUCAGAGGUGCUCCAAAUCCAGAACAUUCUAACAGAAGAACCCAAAGUUACAGUGGUUUAUGCAGACAAUGGCACAGUAUUACAAGCAAGUACGACUGCUUCUGUAUACAAAGGGAAACUGCUGAUUGGCACUGUGUUCCACAAAGCUCUUUACUGUGAGCUCUAACAGGCCAAUUUACACCCAUGCCUUGGCAACCACGAGCUCUUCAUUUCAACCACUUGCCACAUCUCAGGGACCACAGUGAUCUCAUGCUGACCUUAAAUGUGGACAAUCACAAGACAUGAAAGUGUGCUUAACUGGGAGCAGAUAAGACAUAAAAGGCUUUUUUCAGAGUAUAAUAUCAAAUCAGUCUUGCGAUAUACGAAAACCUCUUACACCAAUAAAAAUCCUUUUUAAUUAAAAUGGCUAAAAUCAUCACA